UCUUGAGAUGAUCACAGCACGAGUGUAGCAGUUUUGACACUUUUGUGAUGCUCUUGCAACAACUGGGAAAAAGCUUUGAACACUUUGGUAUCAGGAUCACCACAUACCACACAAGCAUUGGACAAAGUGGUGGUAACCUCAGUGGAGACCUCUGCACCUUUCUGAUGAGCCUCUGCUCGGCCUGAGAGACAAAUGGAUGCUUUGGAGGGAAUUCACAGCGUCCAUAUUUCCUCAUCUCCCCCGUCUUCAAUAACAGAUAGUCCAGGAUACGAAGUCCUCAGAACAGGGAGAUCUGGAAUAGCAGUGUAUUCCUCUGCAGUGUUCUUCGGCCCACCUGAUGCCCCGGCUGCCAGACACAGGUACAGCAGGGCCGCCGAGGAGCAGGGCUGCAUCGUUGGACGGUUGGUAGAUCUGGAUCCAGAGCCGAAGUCCAGGGUGGAGGGUGGAGGCCAGGCUGGGCCCACCUCCAGCCGGGGCCAUGGCGACCUCUCCGGGCUUCGUAGCUCCUCGCUGGAAAUCAGAGAAAAAGAAAUUCGAGAAAAGGGCUCUGAGAUCCUCAGGGAUCAGCUGGACGCUGCGCAGAAGGAACUGAAACUAAAGGACAAGGAGUGUGAGCGUCUGUCGCAGGUCAGGAAUCAACUGGAGCAGGAGCUGGAGGAGCUGACUGCCAGUCUGUUUGAAGAAGCUCACAAGAUGGUGAAUGAAGCCAACGUCAAACAAGCAGCCGCAGAGAAACAACUGAGAGAGGCUCAGGGAAAGAUCGAUGUUCUGCAAGCGGAGGUGACGGCGCUCAAGACUCUGGUGCUGACAUCGACGCCCUCUUCCCCAAACCGCCAGCUGCAUCCACAGCUGCAGCCGCCAGGAGCCAGGGGCGCGCACAAGCAUGCCGGGGGCCACGUCCGCAAUAAGAGCGCGAGCGGUGCCUUUCCAUCUUCACCUGGAAAACCAGAAACUUCCUCGGUUUCCAUUCAGCCUGAGGCCAAAGAGGUAACGCGAGAGAUCGACUCUGUUCUGUAUGCAGAGUUUUUGCUGUGGAAGGAGAGUCCCAGCGUAGAGCGCUCCUCGGUCUUCUUGAGCCGCAUCUACAGAGAAGACAUCGGACCCUGCCUCUCCUUCACAAGAUCUGAGCUGUCGCAGCUGGUGCAGAGUGCAGUGGAAAACAACUCUUUGACCAUCGAGCCCGUGGCCAUGUCGGCGCUACCGAUCGUCAAAGCCUCCGCCAUCGAGUGUGGCGGCCCCAAUGGCUUUAGAGCAGGAAUAGAGACAAAAUGUGCAUUAAGCGGCAUGUCGCGCCUCUGCCGACAUCGCAUUAAACUCGGGGACAAGGGGAGCUACUACUACAUCUCUCCGUCCAGCCGAACACGGAUCGCAGCCGUUUGCAAUUUCUUUACUUAUAUCCGCUACAUCCAGCAGGGCCUGGUGAGACACGAUGCGGAGCAGAUGUUCCGGGAGGUGAUGCGUCUCCGCAGAGAGAUGUCUGUGGCCAAGUUAGGUUUCUACCUCACUGACCAGGGCUAGAGGACCCGAGCGUCCAGCGGCGCACCCCAAAGGACGGCGCAUUGCAGGACCGCGAUUCUUAGUCACGGUCAGGGUUAAACUGUGGUAACGAACAGACCUGGGAUCAGCAGAGGUUGUGCAACAAGGGAAGUAGAACAUGUCCAUGUGCCACUUUGAUGCAAUAUGGCAGCCUUAAACCAGCACAAGAACACAACUUUAAAGUAUUCCCAGAUAGGUCAAAUAAAUGUUCUGCUAUCCUGCAGACCUCUAGUGAUUCUCUCCACCAGUGAGGAGAAUUGUUACUUCUUCUGAACCUCCCCGGUGGAGAUUACAUAACUUCUCCAGGUAAUGAUCUCUGUUUGAUGUGAGUGAUGAAAAGAUGAGCACAAAGGAUGAAAGCAGUGCAGAGGGAUGAGUUAGUCUCUUACCUCAAGUAUUACAUACGUUUAUAUAACAUGUAAUGUAAUCUUUCUCCUGUGAGAUUGACAAUGUCCAUGUUCCACAAAACAAUAAUUUGGGCUUUUUCUUUAUUCUUACAUAAAUAUAAUGCUCACAAGCAUCUUACUUACUUUCAGUUAUUGGCUCAAACUCCACAGACCUUGAUGGCCUUAAUUUUGUUGAUGCACUACUUGUUCCAGAUGCCUUGUAUGAACACAUAAAUGAAAUGACUUCAUAAUCUAAAAUAGUGUUAAUGAAUUAGUUAUGACACCUCAUCGCUCAAAAUAGUGACUUUUACAAUACAGUCAGAAAAUGAACAACAUGAUUGCAACAUGCACAACUGUAGUUUUGCACGUUUGCAAUGAAGAGUAUGUACACGUAAAGGCCAUAAAGUACUUUGAUGGAUGUAGUACAUAGCCAUACGAGACAGUGUAUAUGGGUCGUACUUCAUUGUAUAGAUUUUUGCAGAAAACGGUCCAUUGAAGGAAAAGAAAUGAAGAUUAUUGUGUCUGAAAGUUCAAUAACUGCUUCUCAGCGUUCUGUAGGGCUCUGAUGUUGCUGCCCUCAGUGUAUUGAUCAUUACACACUCCAUUAAAGACGAGGCAUUGUCGCCUCACUACAUCC